UUACUACAUUUCAAAGCGUAAUUAAAUUUUCCGAAAAAAAUAAUCAAUUGCAAACAUUUCCACUGCUUUCGCUUCUCUUUUCUUUAUAUACCAGUGGCAAAGAAUGAAUAAAUCAGCUGUUACACAAACAACAAAUGCAGCGUGAAAAGUAGCAACAAAAUACCAUAAGUUGAAAUUUGAUGAAUGGAGCAAAGACAAGUGGAAAAGCUGAAAACGCAAACGUCAAUGUCAAACAGAUACCCGGACUAUUGAAGAAACGUUUCCUUAUCACAGAUAGAGGGAGGUGCGCUGGAUUCGUGGAUGCGUAAGUUGUAUUGUGAAAUUCGAGAGCAGCUUAGAAUUAGUAGCUAAAUUCAAAUAGCAUUGCGUAAAACACAGCGGCAAACAUCAAAUGGAAUAUACCAAAAAAGUUUAGUUUUUUGGUGUCAAGACGAAAGUAUCGCAGACGGAGCCAUAAUUGUUGAAAAUCGAUAAGUGAUUUUGUCACAGCAACGCACGUGUUGGGGAGCCAGACACUGGGCUGACAUUGUCACACAUACAUAUGCACAGUGUAUAAGUGGUUUUUGUGCAGCGCUUUAUGGAACAGACGUGAGAGAGUCAAUCACUGCUGAUUGCCUAACUCACCAAAAAUUUGGAAACCAGAACGCGCCACAUUUGCCGUUGUGUUCUCUGUCAAUUGCUAUUGGUGCGUUCUGCUUCUUCAACGUGAUCGUGAAAGGCAAAAGAGCAGAAUAAAACGAAAAUUUAUACAUUAUUUUUUCUCAAAUAAAAGCUAAAGUAAAGAACUUUUUUGCCUACCAAUAGAAACUGUUUGCGUUGGAUUUAGUGGUGGUAACGAAAGUGGUGCCAGUAGGAGCGGUAGUAUUGGCAGUCAAUAAAACAGUCAACACAGUGGAUUCUACGCCUGUGGUUGUGUGCAUUUAAAACUGUGGAGACGCAAAACAUUAAAAAUUGUAAGUCAGUUUAGCGACGCUUAUAUACUAGCAACACGGGUAACAAAGGCUAUAGCGUACUUAGUAAAGACUAUAAAAAUAUGUACAAACAAACUUGUACGAAUCUGCUAGAGCAACCACCGGAAAAGGUCAGGGAAUGGCUGAACGGUUUCGACGCUGUCAUCACGGAUUGCGAUGGUGUGCUAUGGGUUUACAGCAAUGUCAUCGAAGGUGCUGUGGAUGCCAUGAAUCGUUUUAAAACGAUCGGUAAAAAGAUAUUCUUUUGUACCAAUAACUCGACCAAAACACGACAACAAUUGCUUGAGAAAUCGCACAGCAUGGGUUUCGACAUCACAGCCGACGGCAUGAUCUCUUCAGCGCAUUCAACUGCUGCAUACCUGAAGGCGCGCAAUUUCCAGAAGAAAGUAUAUGUGAUAGGCGCCGGCGGUAUAACGGGCGAACUGGAUGCUGUGGGCAUUAAGCAUAGCGAUGUGGGUCCCGAUGUUAUGACUAGCACAUUGGCCGAUUAUCUGGCAACCAGCUUUAGCAAAGAUCCGGAAAUUGGCGCUGUGGUUGUGGGUUUCGAUGAACAUUUUAGUUUUUGUAAAAUGAUCAAAGCCGCUUCGUACUUGGACAAUUCGGAGUGUUUAUUCAUUGCAACGAAUACUGAUGAACGCUUUCCGAUGCCCGGCAUGGUGAUACCCGGUUCGGGUAGUUUUGUGCGCGCAGUACAAACAUGCGCCGAACGUGAACCUUUUGUAAUUGGCAAACCGAAUCCAAGCAUUUGUGAGUGGUUGAUAAAUGAGGGUACAAUCGAUCCGGCGCGUACGCUAAUGAUUGGAGAUCGCUGCAACACCGAUAUACUGUUAGGCUACAAUUGCGGUUUCCAAACGCUGCUUGUCGGCACCGGCAUACACAAGUUGAACGAUGUGGAGGCGUGGAAGAAAUCCGAUGAUCCCGAACAGAAGAAACUAAUACCCGAUGUCUUUUUGCCCAAAUUGGGCGAUUUGCUGCCAUUUAUGUAGUGUUAGUUUUAGACAGUAAAUAUUGAAUCAAUUCUCACAACAUCCGGUUCUACUUUAACGGAAUUGAUUUGAUUUUUAUCCGGCUAAGGGCUGUAAAAUAAAUAUGAAAUAAUAACAAGCACUAAACGAAAGCAAAAACUUAAACAGAAGCAGAAACACACAACAUUGCUACAAAUAUAUAUAUAUACAUAUAUUAUACUUUACUAUUAUUUGGUAUUAUAAUUAGAAAAUAUUCUUUUCGUAAUGACAACAAUUUUAGCUAACAUAAACUUAUAUGCUAACAAUUUUUAAUACAUUUAUAUGUGUACAACAGCUUAUUUUUUAAUUAUAGUUGUGUAUUGAUGUAUUGUAAUUUACAUUGCUGUCCGACAAUGUUCUUUUGUACAAAUAGUGUUAUGAAAGGUCGAGUGUGAAAAAAAUGUGAAUAAACCAAAAAGUUAAAUAAUAACAUAA